UUGUUUGUUAAAAGACUGUCUUUACUCGUUCUUUUUCUCUCUCUGUUCCACUCUUUCGUUUUUAUCUGAGAAAAACCAGAGCUAAGAGACCUUCGAUCUUCUUCUUCAUCUUCUUCUUUUUCUUCAUUCACCAAAAACCCUUUUAAAAAAAUCUCAUUUUAAACCAACCCAUUUCCUUCAUUUUCCCAGAAAACAAACAGAGAUACCCAUGGAAGCUUCAUCACCAGUUUCCAUGCAAAAAACACCACCGCCGGCGGACUCAUCACCGGCGACGAAGAAACCAUACAAGAAAAGCUUCGUAACAACACUAAAACAACUCCGUUCACCGUCGUUUAAAGAAGACUCAUACGUCGUUUCAAACCUCAAAUCAUCAGAAAAAAAAGCUCUUCAAGAGCUGAAAGACAAGCUAAUGACUUGUUCCGAAGCCAGAGAAGCGUCAAUGUGGAACAUUCCUCUUUUAGGAGGUGACGAAAGAGCUGACGUCAUACUCCUAAAGUUUCUCCGAGCAAGAGAUUUCAGAGUAGCCGAUUCACUCACCAUGUUGGAAAAGUGUUUAGCUUGGAGAAAAGAGUUCGGAACCGACGUCGUUUUGGAUGAGGAUUUGGGGUUUAAAGAACUUGAAGGUGUUGUGGCUUAUAUGCAAGGCUUCGAUAGAGAAGGACACCCUGUUUGUUACAAUGCUUAUGGAGUUUUUAGAGAUAAAGAUAUGUACGAAAGAAUAUUUGGGGAUGAAGAAAAACUCAAAAAAUUUCUCAAAUGGAGAGUUCAAGUUCUUGAAAGAGGUAUUAAUCUUCUCCAUUUCAAACCUAAUGGAGUUAACUCUCUUAUUCAAGUUACUGAUCUUAAAGAUAUGCCUAAAAGAGAGCUUAGAGUUGCCUCAAAUCAGAUCCUUUCUCUCUUUCAAGAUAAUUAUCCUGAAAUGGUUGCUCGUAAGAUUUUCAUUAAUGUUCCAUGGUACUUCAGUAUGUUAUACUCAGUUUUCAGUCCUUUUUUAACUCAAAGAACUAAGAGCAAGUUCGUGAUUUGUAAGGAAGGAAAUGUAGCCGAAACACUUUACAAGUUCAUUAGGCCUGAAGAUGUUCCUGUUCAGUACGGUGGACUGAGUCGACCCAGCGAUUUUCAAAAUGGUCCUCCAAAACCAGCUUCUGAGUUCACCGUCAAAGGUGGAGAAAAAGUCAACAUUCAGAUUGAAGGCAUUGAGGCUGGUGCAACAAUCACAUGGGACAUAGUUGUGGGAGGAUGGGAUUUGGAGUACAGUGCAGAAUUUGUGCCAUGUAAUGAAGAAAGUUACACCAUUGCAGUGGAAAAGUCAAGGAAAGUCAACCCAUCUGAAGAAGCAAUACACAAUUCAUUCACAUCUAAAGAACCAGGCAAAUUAGUUCUCUCUGUUGACAACACUACUUCCCGGAGAAAAAAAGUGGCUGCUUAUCGUUACAUCGUUAGAAAAUCCACUUCUUCCAUCUAAACACAAAAACCCAACUAAAAUAAAGUAAUAUAUAAUAUAUGUUAAUGUAUUUUUACUAUUAUUAUUAUGAUGUUCUAAUUUCAUGGGUUGUGAACCUUUUUUUGUUUUGUUUUGUUUUUGGUUUGUACUAGUUGUAAUGUAUAAAAAGAAAUGGUGGGUAAUGUAAUACAUGGAGUAGUGUAGAAGAAAAGUGGUUUUAACUUUGGUUACACUUUCACCUUAAUGAAUUUAUUAUAACUGUUUGUCAUUUUGUCUCAA